AUGACAGCUCAAGAUUACUCCUUAGCUCAUUUCUUUGCAUUCUCAUCCACACCGAUCACAGCAUUCACAACUCCAAGCAAUCACAGUGACAUGCGUGUUCUCGAAUUCAGAUCUUAUCCAACAAUCACCGGAGUCAACUCAACAGUUUAUCAUAUUGUAUACUCUACGUAUUCCACAUCAGAAGUUAAAAUCUUUUUGCAGACUCACUACAUGAUAUUCUUUAUUAGUAUAUAA